ACUAGAUCUUGUGUUGCAGUAUUUACACUACACGUCACAGUUUUACACAUUCUUGAUAAUCAACACGAUCGAUAUUUAUGUAAACAAGAUUUUAUUUGGGAUUUUAUCAAUUUUUUAACAGUUAUUUGGACAUUUAGACAAUUUAUAUAAUUCUUUAUUUUUGGAGAACUAACAGGUAAUGUUUAUAGUUGCAGUCGUUUGAACUUAUUAUUGUUGUUGAUGUAAAUGAAAUAUUGAUCAGGGAAGCUGAGCUUCAUCGCCAUCUUGGAAUGUUAUUGUGUACGAACAUUACAUUGCAAUCUUAUGCAUAUCAAAUGCAUUUGAAGAUUUUUCUAUCCGUUAAUUGCAUAAACUGAAUUUCUAUUUAUUUGAACACUUUCUUAUACAGCGUUUAUUUUUCACUUCCAAUAUCUAUCAAUUUACGGAACUAUUACAAACUUUGUUGGAAGUUGUUUUGAGGUGCACCUUCAUUGGAGGAAGAUUCGUUAAAGAGUUACAGUUAUACUUCGUCGUUCUAAAUAUUGACAUUGUCAAAAGAGUGAAAAUGGAUAUUCAAAUUACGCCAGGUCCGAAAGUUUUGAUAUUAGGACACAGCUUUAUUUCUCGUCUAACGCAAGCAUUAACAUACGACCCGAAGUUAUCACCGGACUUUAAUUUAGCUCAAUGCAGCGUGAGUUGUUAUGGUAUUAGAGGAGGUACAGUUGACAGACUGCAAAACAAUGAAGAUUUAAAUGCUCACAUUCAGAAUUUUCAGCCCUCAGUAAUUAUUUUACAGAUAGGAGGAAAUGAUUUAUGUGAUCCAGGUUUGAAACCAGAGACAUUAGCAUGUAAAAUUGUGGAUUUGAUGUCUGAUUUUCAAUUACAUUACAGCUUUGUAAAUAAGGUUGUUGUAUGUGAACUUUUUACGAGGACUCAACCUUGGUACAUUACAGCAUAGCAGUAUGAGAACAAGAGAAGGAUAGUUAAUCAGAUGUUACCCAUCCUGGUAGAUGACAAGAAGCUGUUUUGGAAACAUUUAAGGCUGAUGAAUAGCCCAUUGCAAAUCUUUGCUUCCGACGGAGUACAUUUGUCUGCAUUGGGAAUUCAAAAAUAUUAUAGACGUUUACGUCUGGCCAUUUUGCAUGCUAUAGAGUCAUAGUGUAGAAUAGUUGUUUCUUUUCAUCUAAUAUGCUUGUUGAGGUUAGUUUACUAAUUAUUUGCAUGAACAGAGAGUAAUGACAAAAAUGAUAAGUUGUGAAUGUUGUCAUACAAACUGUAUACGUUGUACUUUAAAUGUACUUUCUAAAAUAUUUUACAUCCACGUAAAAUUGUGCAUGUAUAUAACUUGUUGAAUCUAAUAACAGAUUAAUUUUUUUAAUUUUUUUUUUAGGUAAAUGUUUAUUUAGAAAAUCUGUUUUUAAAGAAUGGAUAAUUAUUACAUGUAUUUUUUCAUGAUAUUAAUAUGUUAAUAUUUUUCUAGUUUCUAUAUUUUCAGUUUUUGAGAGUUUUUUAUACUACAGUACACGUUUGUAUAUUGUUUGUAAAUAUUGUGAAGAAGCUGUCUCACCUUUAAUUGUGUCACAUCAGGAUGCCUCUUAAAAGGAAGCCUAGUGAGAGGCAAUCUAAAUGGCAGAAAAAAGACCAAACCCAAACCCCAGAGAAUGCAAUGACAAAGACAAUCUCGGCAGCUGUGACUGCCAAGUGCUGGUGAAUUUGAAGGAGAAUGGCAUAUUGCCGCAACCUCGUCCGACGAGACCCCAACCUGUUGAGAUGGAUGUCCUCGUACAUGAAGGUGAUUUAUCAUUACCUAACAGUUCAAGUACAGGUGAACCCACACACAGUUUGUCACACCACACACAAACUUCUAGCUAUUCUAGAGAAAACGUGUCUAGUUUUGGCACUCACAAUACUCAAAACAUGGUUCAAAUUCCUGCACAAAGCUUGGUUGCAGGUUUUAAUCAGGUUCACCAUGGUACAGCAACCUUUAAACCAAUAGGUAGACCGUUGUAUAAUAAAAUAAAUUCUAAACUCCAAGAAAAAAUUAAAAAUAAGGAUUUUAUUGAUAUGUCAGACAUCCUAGUUGACCACCAUCCUGCUGAACUAAAUUUUCAUUUAGCUGUUCAGAAUAAGAGGGUGGGCCUGACAUCUGGAAAAAAAAAGAAAUUUGUUAGCAUUGAAAGUUGGACAGAUGCAUUUAGCAUUUUCUCUUCCGUACUCAGGAAGUUUAACCCCACUCACCCUACUUUAGCAGAGGAUUUAGCCAUAUAUAUGGAUUUGAUUAGACAAAUUCAAAAGGAUGGUGGCGAUUGGUAUUUUUACGAUGUUAAUUUUAGACAAUCAAUGCAAAAUGAUGACACACUUUCUUGGAGUUAUGUUGAUCAAAUUUUACAUACGAGGUCCCUUAAUAGAUUUAUUCCUAAAGUUAAUAAUCCAAAUCCGAUGAAAAGGACUCACACAUACAACAAUGCAAAGCCCUUUCCAAACUAUGCCCCUCGUAAAACAUGCCACAGAUAUAAUGAGGGGCGAAUUUGUGAAGGAACUUGUGGAUACUCCCAUAUCUGCAGUAUCUGUUUCAAAGGUAAUUCUAUGUCCCAAUGCUUCAGGAAUAAAACAACAAACAGAUCAAAUGACAAUGGACCAUCCAGAAAAAAUUUUGAAACCACAGCUCAUAUACAACGACCUGCAGCUGCCGCCACCAAAACUAAACAAAUGUAAAUUACCUACUCCUAUUAAGACAGAUAGAUUGAAAUUUCAUUUGCAAAGUUAUGACUCAGAAAAAUCACUUUAUCUUUUACACGGUUUUAAAUAUGGUUUUCGAUUGGAACAUAAUGGGCCUAGAUCACAGUUUAAUUGCUCUAACCUUAAAUCAGCUAAAAGCAAUCAUUUAAUAGUACAAGAAAAAAUUAAUAAAGAGGUUAAUUGUCAAAGAGUUAUGGGCCCCUAUUUAGAAAAACCUUUUUUAAAUUUGAGGGUUUCACCAUUAGGUCUUGUACCUAAAAAGUCUAAAUCAGCUUGGCGAUUAAUUCAUCACUUGUCGUACUCAGACAAAAAAUCUAAUUCAGUUAAUGCUGGUAUUUCUGACGAAUCUGCUGCAGUACAUUAUGCAGGCAUUAAUGAAGCCAUUAAUGAAAUUAAACAACUGCGUAGCCGCAAUUAUCAAGUUUUCCUAUCCAAAACCGACGUUAGAUCGGCCUUUAGAAUCCUUCCAGUUAAUCCGACAGAUUAUGAAUUAUUAGGUUUUAAAUGGAAUAAUAAGUUCUGCUAUGAUUGUUGCCUCCCAAUGGGAUGUCAGACCAGUUGUAAAAUAUUUGAAGAGUUCAGUACUGCUUUAGAAUGGAUAGCAUUGACGAAAUUAGGUAUCACUUCAAUGGUGCAUAUUUUGGAUGAUUUUCUGAUCAUUGAGAAAUCGAAAGAGGAUGCAAUUUCCAAACUCAAGGCGUUCAUCAAUUUAUGUGAAGACUUGGGGGUACCCUUAUCAGCAGAAAAGACUGAACUCCCCUCUCAAACUAUGGAUUUUGUGGGCAUAACAUUGGACGUAAUUAAACAAGAAGCUCGUUUGCCACUGGAUAAGAUUACAAAAUGUCGAUAUCUUCUGGAAAAGUUCUUACAUAUGAAAUGUUGUACAUUAAAAGAACUGCAAUCACUUAUUGGAGUCUUGAAUUUUGCUUGUUCUGUUAUUCAACCAGGACGUGCAUUUUUGAGAAGGAUGAUUAAUUUAACAAUGACUGUAUCUGAUUCUCAAACUCACGUUUAUCUAAAUCUGGAGACAAAAGAUGACAUGAGAAUAUGGCUUCAGUUUUUAGAUUCUUUUAAUGGGAAAUCAAUGUUUUUAAAUGAAAGUUUCAUGUCAAGUUAUACAUUGGAACUUCACACUGACGCUGCACAAUCUAAAGGCUAUGCAGGCAUAUACAGGUCAAAAUGGUUUUAUGGUCCAUUCCCAGAAAACUGGAAAAACAUCAAUAUAAUGACCUUGGAGUUUUACCCUAUCAUCUUAGCAAUUGAGUUAUGGGGGCCAUUGUGGAGAAAUCACUCUAUACUAUUAUUCACUGACAAUGAAGCACUGGUUUCUGUGAUUAAUAGACAGUCAACAUCUGAUUGUCAAGCAAUGAAAAUGGUUAGAUACAUGGUUUUAAGAUGUUUGCAAUUUAACAUAUUAUUUAAAGCAAAGCAUAUACCCGGAAAGAAGAAUAUUUUUGCAGAUUGCCUUUCUCGUUUACAGGUAGAACAGUUUUUGAAAAUAGUCCCAGCUGCUCAACCCAAACCGUGCUUAGUUCCAUAUCAAUUCCAGCCACAGAACUUUUGGAGUACGUUACAAUCUUAGCAAAUGCAGCUCUAGCUCCAUCAACUCAAGCUACUUACAGCCGCGCAUGAAAAACUUUUGACUCUUUCUGUACAGAAAUAAUGAACCAAAGUCUGCAGCCACCAAUAUCUGUAGCUACAAUUUCAUUAUUCAUUGCCCACAUGUUUAAAAAAUCAUAUGCUCCUAGUACAAUUUCAACAUAUCUAUCCGCCAUAGCCUAUGUGGACAAAAUGAUGUCAAUGCCUGACAACACUCGGUCGUUUUUAGUUGAAAAAUUAGUUACAGGCACACAUAGAUUAUCAAAAACAUUUGAUAGCCGUUUCCCAAUUACAAUUCCUAUUCUAAACAAGUUGUUACAUAGUAUAACAUUAGUUAUCAAGUGUACAUAUGAUCAAGUUUUUUUCAAGGCAAUUUUCUUAUUUGCUUUUUCAACUUUCUCUAGAGUUGGAGAGUUGGUGACAACAAAAAAUGCCCCAAAUGAUAAUGUUCUGCUAUUGCAUGAUGUUUCAUUGUCUUAUGUACAGGGCAAAGCUGCAGAAGUUCAGGUUUUCUUCUGCAUUUUAAGCAUAACGUUAGAGGAAUGCCAAAGACUAUUUCGUUUUCACAUGGUACCGCAAUGGAAUCAGCAGUCGUAGCUAUGGUUGGGUAGCUUAAAGUGGGACCCUAUUCCGUACCCACAGAACCAUUGUUUUGUUCUGUUGAUACCACUCCAUUACAUUGUCCAGACUUUGACAGAAUUUUACAUAAAUGCCUAGCAUCUUGUGGUCUGGAUAGUUCGAGAUACAAAGGACACAGUUUCCGCAUAGGAGCAGCAUCUGAUGCUGCCGAGAGAGGCUUAUCCGAUUCACAAAUAUGCUCUAUGGAACGUUGGAAGUCUAACGCAUUUCAAAAAUACAUAAGAUCCCAUUUAAAUUGAUAGGCAUUUUUGGUACCUGCUUGGGCCGGUACAAUUAUUUUUAUAGGAAUAUAUACAAAUUUUUCAGCAUCUCUGCGUUACUUGCUUGGGCCGGUAAUUGGCAAUCAAUACGAAUUUUAUUUUUGGUAAAUCUCCAGUUAGUGUGUCAUCAUAUAAUAAACAUAUCAUUUUAUGCAAUAGCACUUAUAAAAGAUAAAAGGUUUCAACGCAUGAAGCUAUGUUAUUUUAACAAUACUUAACUGCUUGGGCCGUUAAGUUUUCAAUGCCAAUUGCAUGCUAUAUUUUUGCAUAAUUAACUAUAAUGCAUACAUUAACAUUAAUACAUAGAUGUUUGUUUGUGGCUCUAAUAUCUAUUUAGUUAUGCACGAUAGAUUGUUGUGGAAGUUUGUAUUGUCAUUAUUUGCUUACAAGGACUUUGUCUGUUAACAUAACAGUACUUGCUUGGGCCGGUAUUGUAUUUAUACUUGUAUGGUUCAAUUGGAAC